GCGAUAGAGCAAACGACCAUCCAACCGACUCACACAACCUCCACUGGAUGAACCAGAUGACCUAGCUAGCUGGAUCUACUAGAGGAACUGUUCCUCUAUAUUCUUUGCUGCCUUAUCACUGAUUCAACUACUAAAACUUCAAAUCUAGCUCCCGUAUGGCUAUCGCCAUAUCACGGCGGUAACUUGUCGGACUCCGCUUUUAUCACACUACUCCCAGCUUAUCACCAACCUCCUACUUCACCACCAUGGAGCUUGUUCAGAAGGAACACGAACGACUGUCGAAGAAGAUCAAAGCUGCUCAGAGUAUCAAGAAUGUGCAAACGACUAUAGACUUACUACAGUCCGCACGAGACGCCAUUGCUUCCGAUCCGAGUCAGACGUCUAUGACAUUGGCCAAGCUUCAGAACUCUGUGAAGUCUUCCUUCGACUCGAUAAAUGACAGUCUUAAAGACACACAUAGCAGCCUCAACAAGUAUUCAAAGGCUUUAGAUAAGCUCUUUAAGGACAGGCCGCUUCCAACCGAGCACGAUGCCCUCGCCUCCCAAGAGCACCUCAUCAACCGAGCUAUCGCAAUGCAUCUCCUCCGAGAAGGACAGUUCUCCGUCGCUGCAACGUUCCUUUCCGAAAUGGCGGAGAAGAAGGCCAUGGAGUCACAGCAGCAAGCAGGCACGAGUGCCUCGGAAAAUGCAGCGACGCUCUUGGAUAUAGAUGAAGUCCCGUCGAACGAGGUUCGGAAACAGUUUGCCACCAUGUACUACAUACUACAUGAAAUGAAAGAGAAUAACAACUUGCUCCCGGCAAUCCAAUGGUCAAGGGAUAACAGGGAAGCAUUGGAAGCCAGAGGAAGUAACCUUGAAUUCGAACUGUGCCGGUUGCAGUUCGUCUGGCUUUUUUAUGGUGGACCUGACAGGCAGGGACCUGUUCCCACGGGGAGGCAAGAGGCUUUGGAGUAUGCCAGGCGCGAAUUUCAGAGUUUCUUACCCAGGUAUCUCCGGGAGGUUCAACAGCUCAUGGGAGCAAUGGCUUUUUGUCCCAAUUUGCAAGACUCUCCUUACAGGGCCAUCUUCAACAAUCCCUCUGCGUGGGAAGAUGUGGCACAAUCUUUCACUCGUGAAUUCUGCUCUCUCCUCGGGUUAUCUGCCGAUUCGCCUCUAUACGUCGCUGCUACAGCCGGUGCGAUAGCUCUGCCGACCCUAUUAAAACUGCAAACCAUCAUGAAAGCGAAGCGGACAGAGUGGACCACAGAAAAUGAGCUUCCGGUCGAAAUUCCGCUUCCACCGUCGUAUCUCUUCCAUUCCAUUUUCGUCUGCCCCGUUUCCAAAGAACAAACCACUGAUGAAAACCCCCCGAUGAUGAUGCCAUGUGGUCACGUCAUCGCAGAGGAGUCCCUUAAACGGUUAUGCAAGGGCAGUAGAUUCAAGUGUCCUUAUUGCCCUAAUGAAAGUCAUCCCCGGGAGGCGAGGAAGGUCUUUCUGUAGGACACUAUAGAUAUGGUUGUUUUUGUUUCGGUGGUUGAAUGGCGUAAUGGCGAGGCAUCUCUACACACAGCUUUGAACUGCAAAUGAGAAUCGGAAUUAGGAGCGUGGGCAUGUUACCUCUGGCGUUUGGGGUAUUGGACAACUUUCCGACAGGACAUGGUUUUAGGGGCUAUGCAUAUUGACAGCCCAAGCAUAUAUCUUCAUCAAUGCAAUGAUUAAACUACUGGCUUCAAUGUGAUGUCUUCAGAGUCUCACGAUUCAAAUUCAUUAGAUAUGAAAAAGAAAUGAAGAGAGGUAAGCAAAGUAAAAAAGGCCUGGCAUGCGAUCAACCCCACGUUUCCCCCAUCAAGGAUAGAUCCAAUUCUCUUACAAGUUUUACCAGCAGAGGGAUCUGUGAUUGCACAAAAUAUAAAACAUGCAAGUAAGAGAUCGUCCAAAUUCAAUUGAUGUAUCAAGUUUCCAGUCCAAAUGAAGCAAACAAUUCGCCCAUUGCGGUCUUGGGAUCCACACCCCCUUUCCCUUUUCCGGAACGUAAUUGGGCAAUGG